AUGGCUCAGCUGCUUCCGCAAAGGGCUUACGAGGGAGGGCAGGGACCUCAGCUAUCAAAGUUUCUCUCUUGCUUCGAUCUCGCAGACUGCCCCGCACUCGGGAUAAGCCUCGAACUACUUGAACAAUGUCCGUGGAUUGUGCAGUCCCAACUCGUAGAUGCAGACCUACCGGCGUUCCCUGGUAUGGAUAGCGAGAAGGCUUCAGUGCGAAUUGAAAUUCUGGGAUACGAGCCGUGGGGACACCAGAUGCGGAUUAGAAAGGGCGGGAAACCUUUAACGAUUGGCGAGGCCGCCGUCAAAUUGACUGGACUCAUGAAACGAGCGUGCAAAGAGCUACGCGUGCGCGAUGGCGAACCUGCCUGGUGCGAAAAAAUCGCGUUCAAGGAUCUCUUCCUCGUUUCGCUCCACCGCGUAUCCCAUGCGUCGGUGCAGUAUGUCUCAAUCCUGCCGCAUCGGUGCGUCGAUGAAUUUGCAUAUCGAAAUAAGACUACGUUCGCGGAGUGGCAACGAGCGAUCAUUGAAUAUCGAUCGAUCGAGUGGAACCGCUCCGAGUCGUGGCUGGUACCGAGGCCCUACAAAACAACGUUGCCCAAUAACUUCGAAGUGCGUGAAGUUCUGUUUGCUGAAGGCAUGAACUUGACCGAAGGGAUGCCGUCGGAAGUAGUCAUCGCCGUUCACUGGAAGAUCGCACAUUCUACAGUCUCCGCAUUGAUGCUCAAGUCGAAAAGUAAAUGCGCGAGUCAAGGAGUGAUCCCAUCUAUCCACUCGCACAUUAAUCUUGCAAAGGGUCGUGCAUGGCAGCAAGAUUCCCAAAUUAAUCCCGUCGGCCAUUGUUCAUUCGGUGGUCGUCAUCAGAACCACAUGUCAUUGCAUGACGCCGAAGGCCUGCAUCGCAUGUCGCUUCCAUUACAUGGGAAGUGGCCCGGCGAUCCGCUUGUCCAGAACCAUCGCCCGAUUGUCAGCUAUAAAUUGAAGGCCCAAGCCAUGCCGUAUGGUCAAGCAAAGGAUUCAGCUCAUCGUCUCUUGCGCUCACACUUCGAACAGAUCAAGCAGGUCCGAACGGCAGAGCAAUACCGGGCGACAUAUCAUGGCCAAGAAGAGGCGGAGACAAAGACACUUUGCUCCAUGUGUGGGGCAACCGAUGCCGGACGGAGGCUCGUCGUAGCCCUUGAUGGAACUUCCAAUCAGUUCGGCUCUAAGAACUCCAACGUUGUCGAGCUAUACGCUCGGAUAGAGAAGGUCGACAAUCAACUCACUUACUAUAAUAGCGGAAUAGGGACUUAUGCGAAUAUGGCGUCUACGUCGUGGUGGAGACUUACAAAGAGAUAUCUCAGGAGCUGGAGAGAAGUCAUGAUUGGAUGGGACUUCGAAAAGCCUAUUCUGGCAGCAUACCGCUGGUUGUCGGAGCACUACAGGCCGGGAGAUCAGAUAUUUCUUUUCGGGUUCUCACGCGGUGCAUAUCAAGCCAGGAUUCUAUCCGGGAUGAUAGAAGUGGUCGGUCUGAUCCAAGCCGGAAACGAGGAACAGAUACCUUUUGCAUUCGAACUAUACGCCGCCUCUGCCGAGGAUUCAAAAUUGACACAUAUCGGGCUUGGGAACCGCGGUCUCUCCGCAAGGCAGAAAAAUAUUAUCGAAGAGGAACGAAACAGGUUACAAAAGAACCGACAGCGGGCAAGUGUCUUCAAAAAAGCAUUUUCACGCGACGGAGUGAAGGUCCAUUUCGUUGGCGUGUGGGAUACAGUCUCGUCCAUCGGCGUGUUCCGCUCCUCAAAGGAUCUGCCAAAAACGCACACGACCGAUCACGUCUGUUACUUCCGACAUGCCUUGGCACUGGAUGAACGAAGGGUCAAGUACUCACCGGAAGAUGUCUGUCGCUCUGCGUAUAUCAGAGCCGGGCGCAGUGAAGGGCCUCACACAGAUACGCCAGUCAGUCACCUAUCAUAUCCUCAGGAUGAGGAACAGAUUGACAGAGUCAAGGAAGUGUGGUUUCCCGGGUGCCAUUCCGAUGUGGGAGGAGGAAACGAACCGAACAUGAAACUAUCGCUAAAAAGACCUCCAGCGAUAUGGAUGGCAAAUGAGGCGCAGGCAAAAGGACUUAUUCUAUCAGCACCGGACGGUGGUUGGGAUCAAGAGCGCAUCCACACAGAUUUGCUGCCAAAGGAAUCCCUGAGGGGAAAAUGGUGGGUCCUUGAGCUCAUUCCUUACUUGAGUCGAUCCGAGGACUUCCCAGCUCCCCAACCACGUAUCAUACCGCACCUCGGCGCCCACCGCUUUAUUUAUCCUGGUCAAAAGAUUCAUCUAUCCGUCACGCUUCAGCAUGAUUACUCUCCGAAAGCGCAAUUCUUACCUGAAUAUGCGAAACGCUCGUGGCAGGAAAUCAUUGGUAGUUAUAUACUCGAUUCAGAAGGUGCAGGCGAGAACUUGGUUCUUCUGCGAGAGUCGGCGAUUCUGCGAGAUUCGAGUCUGUCGCGGGACAUCUUUGAGUUGGAUUUUUACGACAUUACUGUGGCAAAGACAUUCGUACGACAACUAUAUUCGACAGACACAAACUCGAUCAAGAGAGGCCUUGAUGCAAUAUCACUAUUUGUUCACAACUCCUCCUGGACUUCCGCAAUUACCCAAGCGGACGAUCACAUCGGUUUACGCCUAUUUGCAAUUCUCAGCGACAGAGAAAGCCCAGAGGCAAUGUCUAAUGCUGCACUCGAUACUGUGAUGCAGCUCGCUGAUCAUGAAUAUGGGAAGGCUAUUCUGUGGGAAGAUGAUAUACCUGCUCGCCUAGCAACCCUUAUCGACAAGUCGGAGAUUUGCACACCAUCAUUCAAAUCAAAGCUUAUACAGGCGUUUUUGCUUCUGUACACGGACAGAAAGGUUGUUCCAGAAUGCGAGAUCUCGGUCGAAACCGAGGGCAUAGAACAUCCUAACAUUCUCUCAGUCUAUGAUCAUUUUGCUCCACGGUAUUACGGUCCAGGCGCAAUAGAAAAGCUCAUGCGUGCCCUGCUGUACCUUUUUGAUAAACAGUACAAACAAGCAAUAGACUUCACACUGCACAAGAUACCCAGCUAUCCCAAACUACAUUGUCUCAUUGUUAGCUCCCGAAUACAGCAACGUCAUGUGGAAAUCGUCAAGGGACCACGGACGCAACGCUGGCAUGUCUCGCAAGGGAGCAUCCUCCUGUAUUUCUAUGCCAUUUACGAGUUAAGGCCUUUGGUGACAAUUCGUAUCAUAGUGAUAGAAAACCAAGCAGACUUUCUGGAGGUUCUUCUUGCUGAAGCGGGUUUCACUUUGAGAAGGGUCGUGGAUACCGUGGACACCGCGCACAGCACAAUGCUGAUUGGGAAAAAAAUCAUAGGACCCGCCGUCAAUACCUUGAUUAGCAAAAUAUUCACGAAGAACGCGGUGCCCGACUAUGCUUCCUUCAUGAAUCUCCAUAACCCGAACCAUGAAUUUGAUACCCUAAUAAACAAUCCAACGAAUGCUUCUUUCUCCAAAUUCAUACGAACUGCUUUCCAUGAGCUGGGGGCGUCUAACAUUGAGCACACAUUCGGCGAGGUUGAUGUACUACUGUGGGCGUCACUGUUCUUUUCGUCUUUGGAAAGACCAGUGAAGCUUGAUUAUCUACAACUCAUUGUCAGCACAUUCAGUACCAAGGGCUUCGAAAUCACGCUUGCAAAACUCGUUGAAGGCGGCGGAUCUACGGCGCGGUAUUUUGUGUCAACAUUCUCUCAUUUUAUGGAGUACGACCACUUACGUCAGAAUAAACACUGGAUGGACGUUCUUGAUGUCAUAUGUAACCAGUUUCCCAAGGGUGCUACUGAAACGCAGGUAGUUGCUACCAGUACUCUCAUACGGCUAGCGGGAACACAUGAUCGUGUUCGCCAAGAGCUGCGCAGCGCGGGGUUCAUACGCGCACUUUCGAGGUCCUUGCAAUUGAAGAUGAAUCGACAUACUGAAGUUGGGGCAUGCGUUGAUUUGCUGCAUAGUCUGAUGCAAUUUGGGGCGCAUGAGGAUUCAACUCCAGACAUCCUACAGGACAGUGUACUCAAUGCCCCCAUGACUAUUUUGGAAGGCACAAACGUAGAACUAUGGGGGACGGCUUCGAUGGUGCUGGAGACCUUCGCUCGAUCCUCUGGGCUUCGUGAUCAGAUGUUGAAACGGAACUCCGUGGAUUGGCUACUCGACCUAACUUCUCAGCCGAAGAGAGUCGUUACAGGCUCACUACUUCGGAUAGUGGGAGUUCUCACUGAAUAUGGACACUUCAACAAGGUGCAAUUGGUCUUCAAUGUCUGGAGGACAGACGUUGAGCUGUGA